GUUUGGUGGAGCUUCCAAAAGUUUGAUGCAAUUCCUCAUCUUGGCGAACCGUACUGGGCGGCGCCCAGUGCUCCCGGGUGUAGCUGAGCGUGGGAUCACGGACCGGACCAUCUACCGGUCGGCUGACCGCAGCAACGUGGAAGAUUUGGAUCAAUUCCUGGACUUGGGAAGCCUCACUUUGGACCCCGGAUUGCCGGCGCGAGGGUUUCGAGAACAUAUCAAAGAGAAAGGGAAGAUACUGGAUGCAGUGGUCUUCAUUGUCUUGAACCCUUUUCAGAGGCCACGUUUCAGCCACUUGAAUCGAAAGAGUGUGGUUCAGGAGUGCAUGGGGAUGUGGAUCCGUUGCCGCCGGAAGCCGCUGCAUUGUGGCGAAUACUUCAUGUGGAUCUCAGACAUGCGUGGCCUGGAUUCUUGGGAGUUGGCGCCAGGGGGCAAGGUCUGGUGCGUACAUAACAACUUCCUACGAUGGAAUCAGACUUUAGGGGAUUGGUUCGACGCCUUCUUCCAGGACGCCCCCAAUGUGGCCAUCAUCAACUGGGUCGGGGCCGUGAGUCCACCUUGCCGCAGUUCAAAUCGCGUGUGUUCCGCACAGGAGGACUCGCAGGGUGAGGCAGGAAGCAUUGAGUUUUAUAUGCAGCGCCUGCGUUUGAGCAACAGCAUUUCGCAGCUCGCCGACCGGUUUUUGGCCAGUCAUCCUGAGCUGAAUGCAAGCAGUGCAGGCACAGGCUACAACUCCGUGCAUUUACGGGCAGAGAUGGUGCUGAACUACCGCUACUUAAGUCCAAAAUGCAAUGAUUCCGGAGUGUACACCUGGUUUGCAGACUUGAAGAGGAAUAUCAGCACCUGGAAUGGAACCUGGUUCCGCGCCAGAGAUCUCAAGCCUGGCGGCUCGCGCACGCUGGCCCGCUACGAUCCAGAAAUCUACCAACGCCUGGUCAAGCUUGAACUUGACCUUUGGCGAGAUGCACCCGCCACUUUUGUCGAGAAUGACUGUCGAUCUCUGCGGGGAGUGAAGUGCUUUCUACUGGAUGUGGCACUUCUGUCACGAGGACAACAACUUGUCCUUUGGGGUUCCAGUGGAGGUGUAGACUUGCUCUGUCGGAUUGAACGCAAGCGGUUGGGGAUGCCGAGAAAGACGACGUUUCGCAGCAUGUUGACGCCAGAAGGUUGCUGAAACAAAGGUCGGUGUCCAAUCCCAAUGGCUUUGGGCUUCGACAAAAAAGUGU